AAGUAGCAACUAGCAAUCAUGUCGCUGGCUUGGUGUGUAUACGCUGUGUUUUGUUUGUUUUUGUAAUUUUCUACCAAAUUGAAUUUAAUAAUACAAUUUAUAGAUCAUAGAUAUGUUACAUUGUGGAACAAAGUUGGUAAUGUGUUAACAAAAUGCCUUAUUAUUGUACGGUUCCGCGGUGUACUUCAAUGGCCGGCAAAGCUAAAAAUGUUUCAUUCCACCAAUUUCCGAGGGACGAAGAUCUAGCAAAGCUUUGGAACAAAAUACUCAAACGUGGCAAGCCUUAUACAAAAUAUUCGAAAGUGUGUAGUUUACAUUUUACGCCAGAAGAUUACACGAUUACUAGCGGCCAAAAGAAUAAAGGACAAUGGAGAACACUCAGGAAAGAUGCUGUACCAUCUAGAAACUUGCCAACUGACUCACCUGUACCAUACCGGAGAAAGAACUCUUCCUGGACACCACCACCGACUAUGAUCAAUGCCCAGAUGCAGCAACAAAUGGCUCAAGCUAUAUAUGUCCAAACCAUGCUGGCAAUGCAAGCGGCCAGCAUCUCCGCUCUCAGCACAGAGAAUUCAUCACCGACUGAAGAAACCGACGCUCAAAUGUCAUCACCCAUCCCCAUCACCUCACCUCUCGAACAUAACAAAAUCGGCAAUAACACACACAUAGAAAACGAACCUACAAAUCUCGAACACUACACUAACACACAUAAAUAUUCGACACACAGAGACACAUUUAAAUGCGAACAAUGCUCAAAGUGCUUCAAAGAUCCCGACGUUUAUCUAUUACACAAAAGAAGUCACACAAAGAGUCAUACGGACAACGAAACUGGCAACACUGAAGAAAUGUUGAAAGCGAAUCCUAUAUUAGCAAACCUACUCAGGUCAAACGGUCCGCACACUUCGAAAAGGAACGAAACGAACGGUGUUUUCGAUGUGAAAAAUGUUAGGAGCAUAGAAAAUCAAAUUAUGUCAGCGUUGACGGCGAACAUGGAGAACUAUUUGAGGAAUCUCUCGACGAUUAUGACGCAUGGCAACACCGAUGACGUAGAAAACGGAACCGAUACAGACUCAAAGGAAGAUUUAAUUUCUAACUGUGAUAAACAAGACUUGUACGACUCAAAUUUAGUUAUAGACGAAGAUAAUUAGACUAAGCUCAAUUAUAUAAAAAUAAUUAGUUUCUAAGAGAUCACGACUGAGUUCUUUCUUUUGUAACUUAGGUUAAAUAGAUAAUUUUUACCCACCUUUAGUUGUAGUACUAAGAUGUUUAUUUUUCUAAGAUAAUGAUGAGUGCGAAUGAAACAACUGUUUCCUACUAUUUGGUAGUUUUAUGAAUUUAGACUGAUCGGAGCUUAAAUCAUGUGUUCAGUGUAAAGUGUAAACAAUGUCAGUUAUAAAUUUUAUAUAGAUCUAUAUAAGCCUCUUCUUUUUUUAAGAUCUUCUUAAAAAAAGAGGAGGCCGUAGCCCAGCUGUGGGUUAUUUGUUACAACUACUCCCACUACAUAUAAAAAUCCUGAGCCGAGACGCUCCAGGAUAUGAACAUGUCUUGACUGAAGGUCUCUGGUCCGGUUACCAAUUUUUAAUGUGCUUGAUAUUAAUAAUUAAUUUUAUUGUAGUUGCAGGUUCAAAUUCAGCUAGUAAGCUUUCUAUUCUUAUAACAGAAGAUAUUUACAAAGUAGAAGUGAGACGAGCUCAAUGUUAUAUAAGGCUAAGUGAGCCAGUGUAAUUAACCAUACAGGUGACAUAUGUAAGGUUGUAUUAAUAGUGGUUUCCAACUAUAAUCCUUAUAAUCCUUACUGGUGGUAGAGCUUUGUGCAAGCUCGUCUGGGUAGGUACCACCCACUCAUCACAUAUUCUACCGCAAAACAGCAAUACUUGAUAUUGUUGUGUUCCGGUUUGAAGGGUGAGUGAGCCAGUGUAAUUACAGGCACAAGGGACAUAAAAUCUUAGUUCCCAAGGUUGGUGGCGCAUUGGCUAUAAGCGAUGGUUGACAUUUCUUAGAAUGCCAAUGUCUAAGGGCGUUUGGUGACCACUUACCAUCAGGUUGCCCAUAUGCUCGUCCACCUUCCUAUUCUAUAAAAAAAAAAAAAAAAACCUGAGAUUUAUAUAUUUCAUGCGAUAAGCUAUAAUGCAAUACUACUUGUAAACACAAUACAGAUCCAAAGUCGCGAUAACAAUUUCGCUGACAUUCAAAACGCCAUUUUGGUUUCGAAAACCACAGAUUAUGUAGAGCUUGACCAAAGUUGCAUAAUUAUCUUUACUCCUGCUAUUAGAAAUGACGUAAACGAUUAUGGCCAUUUAUUAUGAAAAGGCUUAAAGCGCUGUAUUGCUUACACUUUAUACGGUUAGAUUAUAUACCCACAAUUGAAAUUAUCUCACUAUAUAUGGAUCUCGGUAUUUAGAAAUUUAGAUAAAAACUUAGUGCCUUAGUAUAGAAGUAUUUGUACGUGAUUGUACUAAGGACUUUCUUGAAAUUCGAUAAAUUGUUUUUGAUAUUAGCAAGUAAGUAAUGAGAUAUAUGUAACAUUUGUAUGAAUUUGUGUAUGUAUCGUGGAACAGACCAAUUAUACAACUUACUCCUAUUAACAUUUAUGACUUUAUUUGAUGAUGUAUAAUAAAAUGUGCGACUA